AUGCAUCAGUGCAAUGAAAUUUUCGGUUACCUGCAACUUACCAUUGAGUUUAAUGAUUUCUACCCUACUGUUAAGACAUUUUUGGAGGUUUUAAUGAGAAAGCGUUGGCAUGAGGACAAUUAUCGAUUGAUCUUUAUUGAUGUACUACGAACCAUCCUUCAAAAUUUUAGCUGCAACAUUCACGUGCUGGAUACAAAAUUAUACAGUAUUCUCAAUUCUAUCGUGACCAACGGUGCCUGGGUGCUGUCGUCAAAUAGAAAGGUGUUGCUCGACACCGUUCAGGCGGCCCAGGUGAGGCAGAACAGCGCCAUCGCUGCUGCCGCCUACCGCCACGCAACAGACAUAGGCUUACUUAGGUUGCUACCGGAGCUUUUUCACACCGAAGUCGUGUGGGCUAACGUAAAUGCCCCAACUUUUGCACGGAGGGUAGCAGGAAGACCCUUGUCGCUGGCUUCAUGGGUGAAUCAAAAUGGCGAAUUUUUCGAAAUUCUCGGCAGCUGUGUGCUCCUGCCGAUCAUCGAAAUGUUGGGUAUUUGGCACAUUGUGACGAGCAUGUCCCAGGACAAUCGACCAAUCAGCGUCCUGUUAGAACUUCUCCAAAUCGUUGAACAAAGCUUCAGCCUUGAUAACACAACGUAUUCGUAUCCCCUGAGUGUAGACGGCAGGGUCGCGAUCGCCUACAUUAUGGGAUGCUGUCUCGCCGAGGUCGGCCUACAUGAGCUAGCGAUUGUGCAGCUGCGCAAAGUUUCGAGACUGAGGCACCGCAUCGAGAUGGACUAUUUCUUUGUGCCCUUGGCGAUGUUCGAAUUGGCUCUGUGUUACGACGCACUCGGCGACCGUCGUGGCGCCCAUAAUCAACUUAUGUUGGCAAGGUACCGCUACGUGAACAUCAUGACAGACUAUGAAUUUCUAUACCACGUGUACGCUGCGGCGGUCAACCUAGUUCAGGCACCGGAGAGAGAUCGCCAGGAGUUGGUCCGACAACCCCCGCCCUCGAAUCCCCCAUCACCGAACAACAGCCGCCCAGGAAGUCCGCAAUACCAACUGUACCGCUACGAGAACAUCAUGAGAAACUACGAAAUUCUAUACCACGUGUACGCCGCGGCGGUUGACCUCGUUCAGUUGCCUGAGAGAGAUCGCCUGGAGUCGGCCCGACGACCCCCACCCACGGAUCCCCCGUUACCGAACAACAGCCGCCCAGGAAGUCCGCAAUACCAACUGUUCCCCCAA